UUACGUAAUUCCGGUUCCUGUUCCGCCAUACUACAGUGAUGCAGCAUAGUUGAGAUACAGAAAACUGUUGUGUUAUUUGCGCAAACAAAUAGUGUCUUUGUUUAAACAGUUUUUUUUUCUUAAAAGCAGAUCAUAAUGCUUUCCGCACAAACGUACGGCGAAAACGGGAAAAUGAAGGAGUAUCAUUACAGUGGACCCGUUGAGCACAGAUUUUCACCAUACGCGUUUAACGGAGGGACUGUGCUGGCAGUUGCCGGAGAAGACUUCGCCAUCGUGGCCUCAGACACCAGGCUCAGCGAGGGCUACUCCAUCCAUUGCCGCGACUCGCCGAAAUGCUACAAACUAACAGACAGAACAGUCAUCGGUUGCAGUGGAUUCCAUGGUGACUGCCUGACACUGACCAAAAUUAUCGAUGCGAGAUUAAAGAUGUACAAGCACUCAAAUAACAAGACCAUGACAAGCGGAGCGAUUGCGGCCAUGCUUUCCACCAUUCUGUACUCUCGGCGGUUCUUCCCUUACUAUGUUUACAACAUCAUUGGUGGCCUUGAUGAGGAAGGUAAGGGAGCAGUGUACAGUUUUGAUCCAGUAGGCUCUUAUCAAAGAGAUGCUUACAAGGCUGGAGGUUCAGCAAGUGCCAUGCUGCAGCCCCUCCUCGAUAACCAGAUUGGCUUCAAGAACAUGGAGAAUGUGGAGCACUUGCCUCUGACCUUGGAGAAGGCUGUUCAGCUUGUCAAGGAUGUCUUCAUCUCAGCAGCUGAGAGAGAUGUGUACACAGGUGAUGCUCUUAAAAUCUGCAUUGUCACCAAGGAGGGCAUCAAGGAAGAGACUGUCCCACUCCGAAAAGAUUGAGAAUAAACUUGUACCACUUUCCUUCAGAAAUGUUUAAUGAAAGUGUAUUCAUUUUUUACACUGUCAUCUUGUGUAGUAAAUAAAGAGGUAUGGUAUGUAUAUUUUCUAUUACAAGGAAGUACUCCUUUCUGUAUUUAAACUGACCCUAACUUUGUUUUUAAACAAAAAUGUAAACCAAUUUAAUAGUUUGCCAGGUAUGUUUCAUGUCAUUUUGCGCUGAAACAUCCAUAUGUUCUAUUCCAUUAGCUAAAACUAUAAUUUUCCACAUUCUAAAAACUCCAUUGAUCUAAAAUCAAUCAUUGAUAUCUAAAUAAACCUCUGCAGUUUCCCUAUAA